AUGGCAGGUGGGCGGGAUGGCAACGUGACAGGUGGGCGGGAUGGCAACAUGACAGGUGGACGGGAUGGCAACAUGAGAGGUGGGCGGGAAGGCAACAUGACAGGUGGGCGGGAUGGCAACGUGACAGGUGGGCAGGAUGGCAACGUGACAGGUGGGCGGGAUGGAAACAUGGCAGGUGGGCGGGAUGGAAACAUGGCAGGUGGGCGGGAUGGCAACGUGACAGGUGGGCAGGGUGGCAACAUGGCAGGUGGGCGGGAUGGCAACGUGGCAGGUGGGCGGGAAGGCAACAUGGCAGGUGGGCGGGAUGGCAACGUGACAGGUGGGCGGGAUGGCAACGUGACAGGUGGGCGGGAUGGCAACGUGACAGGUGGGCAGGAUGGCAACAUGACAGGUGGGCGGGAUGGCAACGUGGCAGGUGGGCGGGAUGGCAACGUGGCAGGUGGGCGGGAUGGCAACGUGACAGGGUCAGCAUGGCACCCUCAGUAUCCAGGCUGGCCCGUCGCGAACCCUGGCACCGGCUCUUAUCUCCGGGUGCCGCUUCUCCGGCCACUACACUUGACUCGAGGACCUGUAGGCCCUGGCCGGCCGUGA